AUGACGUGGAUCAGCCUUAGCAGACGAUGCAUGACGACAACGACAAUGCACGACGACGGAGAACGACGAUGCACGACGACAGCGGACGACACUGCACGACGACAGCGAAUGGCAAUGGUGAAUGAUGAGGUGGAACACGAGGGAGCGGCGAGGUGCCAUGUCGCAGUCAGCGACGUGCCAACUGAACGACAAAUCACUUCUGUGGGCCCAGGUGCCAUCCCUCGCGUUGUCGACGAGGGCUGCAAAGACAUCGACUGCGUCAACGGCAUUCCAGUCAACGGCAUUCCAGUCAACGGCAUUCCAGUCAACGGCAUUCCAGUCAACGGCAACGGCACCCUAUGUUACCUACACGACCACCACAAUUCAAGUGAACAACGUGGCGACAACAGACCACGAGCAGACAAGAUGGUGUUGAAGAGGUUGGGGACGUGUGGUGCAAAGUUGAAGGAAGGCCGUCGUGCUGCGCUGGGUACCCCGUCAACGAUGUCGAGCCAUCCGCUUGCAUAUCACUCCUCUGUCUAUAUGACCCCAUCCGCUCGCGUAUCACUCCCCCUGGCCAAAACGUUUAGCUUGGGGCGUCGUGUUCACCCUCUGUCUCAAAUUCGGCGCCGUUCGCUCGCUUAUCACUCCCUCUUUCCAACACGUUACUCUGUCAAUGACGUCGAGCCAUCUGCUCACGUAUCAUUCCCCCACAUUACCCUGUCAACGACAUUCAUACCCCGUCAACAACGUCGACCUAUCCUCUCACGUAUCAGUCCCCCUUUCCAAAACGUUCAGCUCGAUACCCUAUCAACGACUUUGACACUCCCCCUUUCCAAGAUGUUUAACUCCGGUGCGAUCCACCAUCUCUUCUACUUGAAAUCUGCUAUGGACUCUGACACAUCCAGUUCGGCUCACGUGGUAAACUGUCCUUCAGAAUGCCGUGCUGUCUCACCUGUGUUCUCAGCCUUUCCUUGGGCCACACCACAUGUUGUACAAGUGCCAAAGCCUUUGGCUGACUUCACUGAAAUAAUGUCACCUCACAAGCACUUCAUCAAUUCGCUAAAUCGAUUUGAGCGCUCGCUCUUUGCCUUUGAUAAACUUGCGGUCGAUUCUAACGAAUUGGCACCGCUUCUAGGCUUAGAUGUCCUGAAAGCAUCCAAUGCGGUCACCCUACAUCCAACGGCGACGACUGCAUCAUCAAAGGGGGAGUACAAAACCCUUGCUUCCAUUGUUUCUGCAUAUCGAAUGUUUGAGGUCUUGGCUCUUGACUGCGAAAUUGGUGUUUCACAACCUCCCAUUCGCCUGCUUCCCCCCUUGUCUUUCAACAAGUCUGAGCAGGAUAGUGAAAAGAUUGUUGGUUUUGACAAACUAGAAAAUUGGCCCAAAGUUCUGCUUAACUUCCGGAAACUUAUAGGUCAGUCAGGACUACCUCAAAUUCCUGACGACCUCCAUGCAGGAAGCAAACACCUUGCUCUCCUACGGAUGGCAAGCAAGAACAAAGAGAAAGUAGCAUAUGUGAAUGUGGUCGACAACUUUCUUCAAGCUGCUCUGCAUCUUUACUACCUCAAGAUGACCCAAUUCCGAGAUGGGUCUCUGCCUGACUAUCCUGAUAUUUUAAAUGACCGUCUCCACAUCUUCAAAGAUGAGACCUCUACAGAUGAAUUCAUCAAUGAUCAAGAGGAGGGGACUUACUACUUGCAAGAUUUACGUGAUGGAGAGACAGCUUCGCACAGCCUCCACCAACUUGGGACACCUCUGCAAUUAGCACUGCUCCUGACUCCUUUCUAUUUGCUCUUUCCAUUCAGGAUAAUCACCAGGUCCUAUAAUCGUCGUCUUGUUCUCGAAUCUUUUGCUGAGUUAACUCCUCGGAAGACACCCCUUGUGCUUAAAAUUGAGAGUUCCAUCUGGCGUUCUCUUAUAGCGCUUGCUGAUGUGACCAUCACGCCUCAUGAAGCUUUAACACAACUGGUAUCAAGAUUGCCGUGGGCUGAGAUAGAGGCAGCAUCCAACAACCCCCAUGAUUGUCGCAUGUUUUGCACCCCUUUAGCCCAGCCCUCUUCUUCUUCAACACCAUUACAGCCUGGUUUGGCUGUUGGGAGGCAAUUAGCAAUAGAAGGUGCCUCAAACGCCCUUACUCCGGAUAUACAAGUUGGCAGAAAAUGA